UCAGACCCCUUCAUUGGCUUCGGCUCCUCCUCCUGUUGGCGCCUCCUUUCGAUUUUCUCUCAAACUCUCAGAGGCUCUCCCGCUUCCUCACUCUCGGACGUCCGAGGCUUUUCUGUAUCAACUUGAUUGAAGAAGUGGAACCUUGUAAUCAGUUUAUUACCGAAGAUCAUAGAGCUUCCUCUUGGUGGGGAUUAUGGCUUCCUCAGGAGCAAGAGCAUACUCCGGCUUAUAGUUUUAGAGCUACGCAAUCUUAGGCAGAGUCUAUUAAUUUACUUGCUUCAGUUGUACGUUACUUGGCUAGACGAAGCUGGAUUCUCAUUCUUGAGCCAUAAUUUGGCGUUAUCUAAACGUCCAUUGUUUGUACGCUCCAGAUUAUUCUGAUCAGUAGCGAGGGUCCACAAUUUGGCGGUCUACAUAGCCGACACAAGCUCUGGGAUAAACGUUGAAACUCCACUUUAUAUUUCGCUUUGCAAACUCCUCCAAUUUUUGCAUGUCUUCGAAGCCAAGUUUGGUAAUCUACAGCCGUUGUUCAUUUGGCUCCUGUUUUUUUCCCUUUUAAAGAUGGGUUUUAUCCGUUGGUAGAGAUGGUGUUUUCGAAAAAGUAGAAUAUAAACAAUGUCAGAAGAUACAAUGAAGCGCGAAGUGGCAACCACCAUUAUCUCUUUAAUAAGCUUUAUCUUGAUGCAACAAGCCUUUUGUGCUGACACUUACGAUACAUCCACCCCUGGCAACUGGACGUGUAGAUGUUUUUCUCCAUACCAAGAAAAUCAGAAAUUAACACUUGGUGCAAACUGUUCUACAUCUUGUUCAUGUACGCAAGAUGUUGGGGUAAUUGGAAUGUGGACAUGCAUAUGUGUCACCGAUGGCUUCCCAAAAGUCGCAGCCAAUCCCCGUGAUUCUGACUGUUUUACCUCCUGCAACUGCUCUUCUGGACUACCUCCGGAGUCACCAUCUUCUAAAAGGCAUAUUUCGAGCAACGUGGUUGUGAUUAUUCUCUCACUAUGUGUAAUAAUCAUAACAUUAGCAUUCUUCAUCUUAGUGGUUUGCUAUCUUUGUCGAAGGGACAAGUGCCGUGCUCAAACUCCAAUAUUUUCGUUAGAAAAGCUAAUGAGCUACAACAGCUUGACCAACUUAAUUAGUCACAAGAGUUCACCACCAGAUAGUAAGGUUAUGAUGGGUUCCCCUGUGAAUAAUAUCAAAGGAUGCUUUUUCAUGAACCAAUGCUUGUUGAGGACAAAAUCUAGGAGUCUGUGUGGGAUAAUCAUCCAAUUCUCAUACUCGGAGUUAGAAAAUGCAACAAAUAAGUUUUCAAGCUCCCAUCUUGUUGGACGUGGAGGAAGUAGUUUUGUUUAUCGUGGUGAGUUGAAGGACAGUAGAACAGUGGCAGUAAAGCGGCUCAAUAUUCAAGGAGGACCGGACGUGGACUACUUGUUCUUAACAGAAAUACAAUUGUUAUCAAGACUUCAUCAUUGUCACGUGGUGCCUCUACUUGGUUAUUGCACAGAAUCCAGGGGGAAACAUACCGAAAGGCUUUUGGUAUAUGAAUACAUGCCAAAGGGUAAUUUAAGAGACUGUUUGGAUGCAGCUUCAGGGGAAAAAAUGGAUUGGAGUACUCGUGUUACAAUUGCUUUAGGAGCUGCAAGAGGCUUGGAGUAUCUUCAUGAAGCAGCUGCUCCCAGAAUUUUGCAUAGGGAUGUCAAGUCAACAAAUAUUCUUUUGGAUAAAGAUUGGAGAGCAAAAAUAACAGACCUUGGUAUGGCUACAAGGUUAAGGGGUGAUGAUCUUCCUAGCUGUUCCAGUUCUCCUGCAAGAAUGCAGGGGACUUUUGGGUAUUUUGCACCGGAGUAUGCAAUUGUUGGAAGAGCCUCUUUGAAGUCAGAUGUCUUUAGUUUUGGAGUAGUUCUUCUCGAGCUUAUAACGGGUCAGCAUCCCAUCCAUAAAUCAGCAAGCAAAGGAGAGGAAAGCCUUGCAAUAUGGGCUGCGCCCCGAUUGCAAAAUAGUAGGCGAGUCAUUACCGAGUUGCCCGAUCCGCAUUUAGAUGGACUGUUUCCGGAGGAAGAGAUGCAAAUAAUGGCUUAUUUAGCAAAGGAGUGCUUGCUGUUGGACCCUGAUGCUAGACCCACCAUGACUGAAGUUGUUCAAGUACUUUCAAAUAUAGCUCCCGAUAAAUCAAGAAGGAAUAACAUUUCUGCAAACGUUUUUCAGGGGAGACUGUCAGCCUGUUGUGAGGAGAGUGUACGAGACAGCGUAAGGGACGAAACGAAUCCUAUAGGGAAACAAGUCCAUACAGAGGUGAUUCCCAUUGAUGACGUGACGACAAGGCAAGCUUCAUCCCACAAAUGGGACGAAACGAAUCCUAUAGGGAAACAAGUCCAUACAGAGGUGAUUCCCAUUGAUGACGUGACGACAAGGCAAGCUUCAUCCCGCAAAUGGCUCGAUCGCCAUUCAUUACCAUUGGAUAUUGAUCGUUCACUUUGUGCUGGCAACUAUGGCAACCAAGAUGUUGUUUCUUUCGAGUGCAUCGAAAGACCCGUACCCCCCUCGACUCUUGAGGGCAACAAUCACCAAGUCCAAGCCUCGGACGAUGAAACAGUAGACUUGACUGAGCCUUGGCUCGAGUCAUUCUGCAUUGCGAAUGUUAAUAAAUCUCCCUCAUAAGAGAGUCUAAAGCUAGUGAGUGGAUCAUGUUAAGAGGAUCAGAGUCUCACAUCUCACAGUUUUUCUUGAGUAGUUUCUCAAAAUAGACCCCACAGAAUGACCAUAGGCUCACAUCCCAAAUUUGUUCCUCGGCUUUCCCCUUCAACCUGCAUUAAAAACAAGAGGAAAGGGAAAAACUGGGUGGUGUGCUUUGUAACAGCCGUGUCUUCUACCGCUGUAUCAUAUAUAGUGUUUUGAUCAUGUACAGUGAUGGUUAGGCCAAAUCUAUAUACAAAUUCGUGUCCAAGUUUGUUUCUGUUUCUGACAUCUGCCAGAUAAAAAUGGUUUAUAUUCAUCUAGUUCU